AAUACCUCUCUCCCUCCACUACCUACAGCAAAGCUAGCCACUCCUCUCCUCUAUAUAAGCCCGUCCAUGGCGGAUGGCUCUCCCGCCCUUUUCAUCGUCCCAUCAUUUGAUCACCCAUAUAGAGAUCCGGAUAGCUAGCUGCUAGCUUCGCUUGUCAGUUGUGGCGAUGGCGUGUGAUCAGCGGGGGAUGAGAGGCGAGGAGACGGCGGCGGGGGAGGAGGAGAUGCUCCGGCGCGGGCCGUGGACGGUGGAGGAGGACGUGCUCCUCGCCAACUACAUCGCCGCCAACGGCGAAGGCCGGUGGAACGCGCUGGCCCGGCGCGCGGGGCUGAAGCGCACCGGCAAGAGCUGCCGCCUGCGGUGGCUCAACUACCUGCGGCCGGACCUGCGGCGCGGCGGCAUGACGGCGGAGGAGCAGCUGCUCGUCCUCGAGCUGCACGCGCGGUGGGGCAACCGGUGGUCCAAGAUCGCGCAGCACCUCCCCGGCCGCACCGACAACGAGAUCAAGAACUACUGGCGGACGCGGGUGCAGCGCCACGCCAAGCAGCUGCGGUGCGACGUCGGCAGCCAGCGGUUCAGGGACCUCGUGCGCGGCCUCUGGAUCCCCCGCCUCCUGGAGCGCAUCCACGCCGCCAACAGCUCCGGCGAAGGGGACGUGAUAGCGCAGGCCACGGCGGCCGCGCUGCCGGUCGCGGCCGACGGGCGGUGCUGGGCCGUCGACGACGUGUUCGACCUCGGCCCGGGCGCCGCGGCGGCCGACGUGGAGCUUUCCUGCACCACCGCCCUGUCGUCGUCGUCGUCCGUGUCCACGGACGGCUGCGGCGUGCAGCCCCUGCCCCCGCCGGCGCCCAUGGUGGCUACCGCCGAGAGCGCGCACGGAAGCGUCGUCAGCAGCGCUGCCAUGCACGACACGGCGCUCUGGCAGCCGCCGCAGACGCACGGCGGCCUCAUGAUGACCCAAGAACAACAGCACCACCAACGGGCAGAGUCGCAGCUGCUUGGAGCCGAGACGUGGUGGUCCGACCAGACCUCGCUCCACGCGGGGCUGUACGCCGACGUGGGCUUCCCGGAGCUGGAGUUCGGCGGCGAGACCAUGUGGGGCGCCUGCGCCGAUGACCUGUGGUGCACGGACAUGCUGGGGCUGUGAAACAUCAAACUACCGGUGACCUGUGGUAACUGAGGGGAAGGUUAUUAUCGGAGCGUUCGCUACUAAUCUUGCACUUAGCGCUCCAAUAAUCCCUUUUCCUCCUCUCUCAAAACAUGAGUAUACUUCAGUAACUUCACUAGCUAGCUAGUGUGUCUUCUUCAGUAUGUGUACUACGUGUAAUGUUGAUGGAUCUUUCAUUUUUCUUUUUCCUUUUGGACUUUACUCAUUCUUUGCUGGGUAAAUACGGAGUGAUUGGUUUGUAACCAGCCGUGUGUAACUUUUGAUGGCCCGGCUGAGGCCGCAAUAAAACUUGAAUCAACCA